CCCGACCGGACGGACCUACUCCCCCAAGACGACGUACAUGCGCGCCCCCUGGAAUCGCGUGGUGGAGAGCGACCAUAUUGCUGCUAUCGGCGGAGAUAGGGUUGUUUCCCCCCCCCGUAAGGCCUAUCGGACGCGGUUAUUUUUGCUUUUGUUCAUGUUUGGAAUAACCGUGGACGUGUCCGUGUCUUGGACUGAAGCUCGGUUCGUCUAGGAGCUAGGAGUGCCACACUCCCGCCGAACAACUUCACUUUUCCCCUUCGAGCGUAUUCGGACUGGGGGGGGAGGAGGAGAGGACUGGUAAUCUCGAAGGGGGUGGGAGAACCACGGCGCUUGCAAAUGGCCACUCAGGUGGAGGCUCUCCUGCCGGCCAACGCGCUUAUCAAAGCGGAGGAGCGGGGCAAAGUGAGACACGGCGAACCGGAGUCGGAGCUUGAGGUCGACGGGGCCAAGCGGGGACGGGCGGGGAGGGUAUGUGAGGAGGAGGAGCUGGAGCCCGGCAGCGACAACGCAAACAGGCUCGGAGUGAACCCCGGAAACCCCACGCGGGACACGAAGGAGAACGAGGAGGGCUUUGACAGCGAGGUCAAAGCCGACGAGGACGACGGUAAAAGCCGGAAGGACCUUACGGAGGCCCCCCCGCCCAAGGUGAACCCGUGGACUAGGAAAAUGAACGCCGUGACCGUGGUCAGCGUGAACGGACAAGCACAUCACGAGUUGACCGGUCCCGCCAGGGUGGUGAGAGCAGGCAACCCUCCCAAGGCCAGACGUGGAGGCAAGGUCGGAGACUUUGGCGACACCAAUAGUUGGCCCACCCCGGGGGAGAUCGCAACGAAAGACAUGCAGAUCGAGGCAGUGACACGGACCGUGUCCUGCCCACCGACUGUCAGGCAGGGCAAAGACUCGUGGAGAUCCACUGCCCACAAGAAGAUAUCCACCAAGAAGGAAAGCAAGGAGAAGCGCGAGAGCAACGAGGAGAGCAAGGAGAACCUCAAGACCAACAAGUUGGACGACUCUGGGGAGGAAAAGAACGGAGACGACGAGUCCCACAAGAAUGGCCAGAAGAAAAAAGGAAACAAACAGAAGUGGGUUCCGCUGAUGAUCGAGGGGCCCCGGGAGCGUUCGGCUUCCCGCAACAACAGCAGGCAGAACGAAAACCCUCGCCUGCCGCCCAACGCCAGGAACGACCUGCGAGACUGGCACAGUCAGAAGUACGAGCGGGAGUGGCGCGACGACCACGACGAGGUGUCCAGCGUCAAGAGCGAGGGGGCGCCGUUCCGCGGCGGCGGCUUCAGGGGACGCGGGCGCGGCCGAGGGAGAGGCAGGGGACGGGGGAGAGGCAGAGGCCACUACGACUACCACCAAGGCUACAAGUCGUACAACACGAAAGACGCCCCCUACGGGCAGAAAUUCAGCAACUCGGUCACCUACUACUACGACAACAUGAGCAGCAGCGACCUGUACUCGGUGGACCAGGACCUGCUGAAGGACUACAUCAAGAGGCAGAUCGAGUACUACUUCAGCCUGGACAACCUGGAGCGGGAUUUCUUCCUGCGGAGGAAGAUGGACCAGGAAGGCUUCCUGCCCGUGGGACUCAUCGCCAGCUUCCACCGCGUUCAGGCCCUCACCACCGACGUCGCCGUCAUCCUGGAAGCUCUGAAGGACAGCAAAGAAGUGGAAGUGCUGGACAUGAAGAUCCGUCGCAAGUUGGAGCCCGAGAAGUGGCCCCUGCCGGGCCUGACGCUGCCCAACCACACCGACUUCUCCCAGCUCAUCAACUGCCCCGAGUUUGUCCCCAGGCAGCCCGCCGAGGAGGCCGCCGGGUCUCUGGGGGCCUCGAGCCUGACGCCACGCCCGCCCAGGGCCGAAUGUGACGCGCCCUCCAACCUUAAGACGAUGCCCAAGGGCCUCUCGGCGAGCCUGCCCGACCUGGACUCGGAGUCCUGGAUUGAGGUCAAGAAGAGGCCCCGACCUUCGCCGGCUCGACCCAAGGUCAGCCCGGAGAAGCAGCAGCGGGAGAAGGACAACGCCGGCCGUUUGCCGCCGCCUCAGUCCGGCUCCUCGUCCUCCCCCGCCGUCCCCGGAAACAAGGAGAGCGGCGAGCAAGAUGAGCCCGAGGAGCUGGACUUCAUGUUCGACGAGGAGAUGGAGCAGAUGGACGGGCGGCGCAACACCUUCACCGACUGGUCGGACGAGGACUCUGACGGCGAGAUCGACGACCGCGACGUCAACAAGAUCCUGAUCGUGACGCAGACGCCGCCGUACCUGCGCAAGCACCCCGGCGGCGACCGCACGGGCCACCACACGUCCCGCGCCAAGCUCUCCAGCGAGCUGGUCAAGGUGAUCAACGACGGGCUCUUCUACUACGAGCGGGACCUGUGGGACGACACGUACGAGCCCGAGUACGCCACCAUCAAGCAAGAGGUGGAGAACUUCAAGAAGGUUCACCUGAUCAGCCGCGAACAAUUUGACUGCCUGACCCCCGAACCCCCCGUCGACCCCAACCAGGAAGUUCCCCCGGGGCCCCCGCAACCCCAUCAGAGUAAGUUGAUGGAGAUGAAGCGGCUCGUGCUUGUGCUCCUCUUUUGGGAGAAAAAUCACAUCGUCGCCCCCUUUUGGUCCUCAGUCCCGACAGACGCCUUGGCGAACAAACUCUUCGGCGCCCCCGAACCCUCGUCGAUAGCGCGGUCGCUCCCGACGACCGUGCCCGAGUCGCCCAACUACCGCGGCGCCCGCACGCCGCGCACACCGCGCACGCCUCACCGGAAAGACGCCGCCGUGACGCCGCGCUUCUACCCCGUGGUCAAGGAAAGUCGGCCCGUGGACGCCAAGACCCCGAGGAAGCGCAAGACCCGGCACAGCUCCAACCCGCCCAUGGAGUGCCACGUGGGCUGGGUGAUGGAUUCCAGGGAACACCGCUCCCGAACCGCCUCCGUCAGCUCCAACGCCAGCCCCUCCGAGGGCACCCCCGCCCUGGGCAACGUGGGCUGCACGCCGCAGUCCCUGCCCAAGUUCCAGCACCCAUCCCACGAGCUGCUCAAGGAGAACGGCUUCACGCAGCACGUCUACCACAAGUACCGCCGGCGCUGCCUAAACGAGCGCAAGCGGUUGGGGAUCGGCCAGUCGCAGGAGAUGAACACGCUCUUCCGCUUCUGGUCCUUUUUCCUGCGGGAUCACUUCAACAGGAAGAUGUACGAGGAGUUCCGCCAGCUGGUGCUGGAAGACGGCAAAGAAGGAUACAGGUACGGUUUGGAGUGCCUGUUCAGGUACUACAGCUACGGUUUGGAGAAGAAGUUCCGGCCGGACAUCUUCAAGGACUUCCAGGAAGAGACCAUGAAAGACUACGAGGCCGGUCAACUGUACGGCCUGGAGAAAUUUUGGGCCUUCCUCAAGUAUUCCAAAGCCAAGGCCUUGGACAUCGACCCCAAGCUGCAAGAGUGUCUCAGCAAGUUCAAGCGACUGGAGGACUUUAGAAUCGACCCCCCCAUGGAGGAAGGAGGCCGCCGGAGGCACUCGUCCAGCGGGGACGGCCGCCGCCGCCACCCCUCGCAUCCCUCCAGUCGCCCCCACAGCCAGAACAGCAGCGGCUCCAGCCCCCCCGCCGCCGCCGCCGCCAAGGACGACGCCAAACUUGACACCAAGACGCUCAAGGUUAAGGAAUGAGGGCGAAAUAUAUCAUGAUGUGCUUGAAGAGGAUGAGUUACAUUUGGGAGAUUUUUUUUUUUUCUUAACGAGGCAAGCAAGCAAUGAGGUGUCAAACACGCAUUUUUCUUUGCACAUCGUUGCCAGUCCACCAGGUGGAUGUUUUUUUUUAAAUGGUUAUCCAACCACAAUUUUUGUUUCCUUCCCUUCCGAGGAUUGAAUUACAUAUCUUUUUUUUUUUUUUUUUUUUUUUUUUUUUUUUUUUUUUUUUUUUA